AUGGCAUCGAACUUAUCAGCUCAGCUAUUACUGAAAGGUGUUCAAUCGGUGGAAAUAUUUACAGGUGUAGAUGAGCAAGAUCCCUUAACAUGGCUUCAAAACAUCGAAGAAUUAUUUGAGGCUACCAAAGUUGAUAAGAACGAUCGUCGUCGAUUACUUCCAAUGUAUUUUGGAGAUGACGUGAAAAAGUGGUAUCGUAGUGAAGAUCAUAGUAGUGAUUAUGACGAUUUCAAAAAUCAAUUCGUCAAUGCUUUCACAUCCUCGGUACACAAAUUAAAGAUCUCUACAAAACUGAUGAAUCGACGUCAAGGAAACGAUGAGUCCGUUCAAUCGUAUUAUUACGAUAUUUUAGCGCUAUGUGCAAGAUUCAAUCCAGAAAUGCGAGAAGAUGAAAAAAUAUUAUAUCUACUACUCGGUUUAAAACCAUCCAUACAACAACAUGUGAUCAUCAGUGAUCCAAAGAAAUGCAAGGACUUGUUUGAACAUGCGAAACGUACAGAAGCAGCAGCAGCGAUUAUACAACCCGUGUCAAUUGAAACAUCGACAAUAUAUGAACAUCAUGAGGAAACAACAGCAGCUCUUCGUCAUGCCAUAACCAAUCGAAACAAUCGUCCAAUGGAUUAUUCCAAUGCAAAUAAGAAAAAUAAAAGUAGUCAUCGCUGGUCACAACAAUAUCAUACCAACUGGUUUUAUCAAUAUCCGCGAAGAACAUCCUCACAACUUAAAUGUUAUAAUUGUCAUGGUGUUGGACAUUACGCCUAUCAAUGUCCUAGUCAUUUAAACUAA